AUGGCUAUCGUCGCAACUAAUCUCAAAAAAGGGCAAUGCAUCAAAUAUGGAGGAGAUCGCGGAGUCGUGCUCGGACUCGAACACCGCACUCCAGGAAAAGGCAAUGCCCUCAUCGCCGCUACGAUCCGAUCAUUCAACAGCGGGAAAACAAAAACCAUUCGCUUUGCUUCCAGUGAAAAAGUUGAAAUCGUAGAUACCGAUCAUCAGAAACUCGAGUUCUCAUACGCCGAGCCUGGCACCUACAACUUCAUGGAUACAAAUACUUACGAAACCAUCGCGAUCAACGAUGAGCUUGUGGGCGACUCCAAGGAUUACAUCAAAGAAGGUCAGCAAGUUGAAAUUCUCUUCAUCGAAGGCAACCCCGUAAGCCUCGAUCUUCCCAGCACGGUCGAACUAGAAGUCACCGACUCGUCCGAGGGCAUCAAGGGCGACACCGCGAACAAUCCGACCAAGCCAGCCACCCUCGAAACCGGCAAAAUCGUCCAAGUCCCCCUCUUCGUGAAACCCGGAGACGUUCUAAAAAUCAACACCACCGACGGCUCAUACGUCGGUCGCGCGUAG